GAGAAACACCAAACUAUCUCAUAAAGAAAUUGCAAUAGUUCCCUCAUGGCUCAGACUGCCGUUGAUGACCCUCAUGGCCUAGAAGAUAAGGCGGUAGUUGAGACGGUUGAUAAUGAUAUUGCUCCUGAAAAGGAAUGGGGUGCCAUCACUCAGGGAGCUAAGGAGGCCACCGAUCUGGAGCACUCCCAAGGCAUUCUCGAAGCUGUUCGUUUACAGUGGAAAGGUGUUGCAUGGGCCUCAUUUUUCUCUCUAUCUAUCGCCAUGUAUGGGUACGAUAACGCACUGAUCAAUAAUUUCUAUGGCUAUCCAGCUUUCCAGAAAGCAUACGGGGUUCCUGUCAGCAAGGGCUACCAGAUCCCCGCCAAAUGGCAGACAGGCCUCUCGCAAGCAAGUAUCGUGGGCAUUAUCCUGGGUGCUUCGUUCAAUGGCUUCUUUUCUUCGAGGUUCGGCUAUAAAAGAGUUAUGCUGGUUGGUCUUGUUCUUAUGGCGGGCUUCGUUGCUAUUCCAUUUAGCGCCCACAAUCUCCAGACACUUCUCGUUGGUGAAAUUUUCUGUGGCAUGGUCUGGGGCACAUUUGCAUCUAUUGGGCCGGCUUACAGCUCAGAGUGCCUACCGAUUUCAUUGCGUGGAUUUCUUACCAGCGGCGUCAAUAUUAUGCAGAUCGUCGGUCAGCUCAUAGCCAUUGGUGUCCUUGACGGCCUUGUCAACUUGGAUUCACAGUGGUCCUAUCGAAUUCCAUUCGCCAUCCAGUGGAUUUGGCCUGUGCCGCUCUUUGUAGGAUGCCUAUUCGCUCCAGAGUCUCCAUGGUAUCUUGUUCGCAAAGGUCGUCUCCAAGAAGCAGAGCACAGUAUUCGUCGGCUCAGUUCCAAGAGUGAUACGAAAGUCAAAGAACAUUUGGCCAUGAUUAUUCAUACUGUGAAUUAUGAAGAGGAAAUACAAACCGGGUCUUCAUAUAUUGCUUGUUUUAGAGGUAGCAACCUUCGCCGAACGGAAAUCUGCUGUUUGUCAUUCGCUGGUCAAGUCUUUAACGGUAUUUUUAUGAUGAACCCGGGAACUUAUUUCUGGGAGCAAGCAGGAUUGUCUGCAAACAACAGCUAUAAAGUCUCAGUGGCAGCUACUGCCAUCGGACUGCUUGCAACCUUUAUUGGGUCAGUCCUCAUUGCUCAUUUAGGUCGUCGAAACCUUUACCUCUGGGGUAUGGUUUUCAUGACCGUUGUCAAUAUUCUUAUCGGCAUCUUGGCUACGAUUCAUGGCAACGAAGGAACGAAAUGGGGUCAAGUAGCCCUCACUAUUCUAUGGGUAUUCUGUUACGAUAUUUCCGUGGGUCCCGCGGCGUACGCAACAUCGAGUGAAGUGUCUGCUGUCAGCUUGCGAGUACAGAGCGUGGCUUUGGCCAAGGUUGCUCAUCAGCUUUUUGAUAUCAUCGGAGCUGUUUUGGAGCCUUACAUGAUCAACCCUACUGCUUGGGGGUGGGCCGGCAAGACAGCCUACUUCUGGGGAGGAACAUCACUGCUUGUUACUGUGUGGGCAUUCUUUAGAUAUCCCGAAACGUUCAAGCGAUCUUAUGAAGAGUUGGACAUUUUGUUUGAGAAAGGAAUACCUGCGCGCGAAUUUAGAAAGUACAAAGUGGACGCCUACGAUGUUGAUGGUCAGCCUGUUCAAGAGACGGUAGUUAACUGAUUCUAGCUCUUGGC